AUGUCGUCCAUCAACUCAGACCAAUCCUCGAAAGGCGUGGAGCUCCUCUCCAUCCCUGGCGCCAUCGCCACGCAAGAAUACCAUGGCGACACCGUCAUCCUCGCCUCUGGCAAGCUGCAGGCUCUCCUCGUCACCAUUGAGAUGCGAGACUCUGCUCACCAGAGCCAUACUACCACCAACAAGGAGAAGGAGGCUGACCACUCCACUGACCUCUGGCUGGUGCUCUCCAUCGGUGACGACUUCUCCCUGCCCGUAGCGGCGAAUCAGCGCAUCAUUCCGGAGGGCGACACAUACAAGCGAUCGUAUCUCUUCCCCUCGGUGGAGCUCGAAGGCGCCUCGAUCAAGGUCUCGCUCCCGGCUACGACCAAUGUCAACACCAUCACUCGCUUCCAGCAGAUCCUGUCUCAGUAUGCUGCUUUCGAAGAUGACGACCGCUCCGACGCGGGCACUAUGGAGCUCAUGGACGAGGACGGUCAGGUGCUCGGUGUUGUGCAAGGCUUCACUGUCCGAGAGUCGGAUGCGGUCUCUGACUCGGGCAACGAAAAAGACCCCGUGCUCAUCGACCUCCCACCCGAGUCCGUCAACGAGGGCGAGGAGAAGCAGGACCUCCAGGUCGACGUUCUCUCGCCCGAAGAGCGCCGCGACUGGAUGAUCAAAGGCGCCGACACCAUCUCGCGCACCAUCGUCAAAUCGGCCGAUUUUGUCGGUGGCAAGAUCCAGGGUGCGGCAAACUCGUACAUGUCCAAGACGCCCGCUGCUGGCUCGCCCGGCACGACGACGCCCAACAACGAGAAGACCGAGGCCGGUCGAGACCCACUCAAGUUCGGACCCAAGACGCACGCUAGCGCUCAACAGCUCAACGACUGGUCCGGCCAGGCGGUUCAGAUGUCCGCCAAGACCACAGGUGCCAUUCUGCAGAUGGCUGGCAACAUUGGUGACAAAAUUGGCAGGAAGACGGGGAUUCAGCGAAAGACCAAUCCCGAUGGAAGUUCCGGUCCUGCUCCUAAGGGCAUCCGCGGCUUUGUCAACCGCGGCCUCAUCGCUGCCAACACAGUUCUCGAUGGUAUCGAUGCCGGCGCACAGACGCUGCUGUACACCAGUGGCCAGGCUGCUUCCGAUGUGGUCGGCCACAGGUACGGAGACGACGCUCGCGAGGUCGCCAACGCCUUUGGCCGCACGGGCAAGAACGUGUUCAUCGUGUACAAGGAUGUACGGGGUAUCCGCAGGAGUGCACUGCUCAAAGCUGCUCGAGGCCGCGUGAUGAAGGCCAAGCUGCAGGACGGCCGAGAGGUGACCAUCAAGGUCGACGAGAAGGGCCAAGCUGUGGCUUCUUCCGUGUCUGGGUCUGCAACGGGCACUUCUACUGCCCAAACCUCAUCGGCGACCUCAGAGAAGUCGUCGUACGUCUCGGCUUCGGAGAACCAGGAUCCGCCCGCCUACUGA